AUGUCUUGUACGGAGGUGGAAGAUGUGCAAAACCUUGCGACAUCCUUUGAAAAUCUCGGCCGCCCUCCCACCACCGGUAUGAAUAUGAACUCUCGUUUAAAUAUCUCAGAUUUUGAACGAGGAAUAACGAAAUUGGGUAGAUCUAAGUCUCUGAAAAACCUAGCAAGCUUCCGUGAGAGUGUCGGCACCUUUUCUAUGGGUACGAGGAGGAAAUCACGCAGUUCCAUCUCCCUUAAAACUCUGUCAUCAACCAAAGCCGCUUCUACCGGAUACAACGAGGUGGAGAGCAAACUAGUACCCUCAUAUAUUCCACAGUUUCCAAGUGAAGUUGUACCCUCAUUCAAACCCUCAUACGCUCCACACUAUCCAUUUUUUAGUUUCCAUGACAGUGCCGAAGACAAAAGCCAACCUGAGGUUUGCAGCAAGUGUUCUUUAGAGCAUCUUCCUCGGGACUCUUGCCCUUUUAUCUUCUCUGACAUUUAUUUGAGCAAAGUAGUACCCUCAUAUGUUCCACAUGUUCCAAGUGAAGUGGUACCCUCAUUGAUACCCUCAUACGUUCCAGACAAAUCAUUUUUUAGCAUCCAUGACGGUGCCAUAGACGAAAGCCAACCUGAGUUUUGCAGCAAGUGUUCUUUAGAGCAUCUUCCUCGGCAAGCUUGCCCUUAUAUCUCCUGUGCUAUUUGUUUUAGGACUCACAAAAAUUGGGGCUGCCCUUAUGAAAACUUUUUGCCGCAAGGGGCUGACUUUAACCGGGUUAACUGCAUGGUAGUUUGCGCCUUUGAUCACGCAAGUCUAUUUGAUGAGGAGAAGUGGGCUUGUACAUGGUGUCAUGGGAAAAUAGCCAAACUUACGGCCAAGUACUGUUGCAUUUGCUUGAAUUUUGCAGACCACUGCUCCUAUGAAUGCCCUAAGGACGUGGACCGAGCUGCCAGCUUUAAGGCCUUGCGAGACUAUGAUCUUACAUAUCCAAAGAAGUGGGUUCCCUCUUUUGGAUAUGUGGAUACAUGCAUCAGUAAACAAGGCAACCUUUUAAGUUACUUGCAAACUCUAAUAGAAGCUAAUGUUCCAAAGAAACCCUCACGCGCUCCACAGAAUCCGUUUUUUAGUUUCCAUGACAGUGCCAAAGACAAAAGCCAACCUGAGUUUUGCAGCAAGUGUUCUUUAGAGCAUUGUCCUCUGCAAGCUUGCCCGUAUAUCUCCUGUGCUAUUUGUUUUAGGACUCACAACAGUUGGGGCUGCCCUUAUGAAGACUUUUUGCCGCAAGGGGCUGACUUUGACUGGGUUAACUGCAUGGCAGUUUGCGCCUUUGACGGAGGUCUAAUUGAUGAGGAGAAGUGGGCUUGUACAUGGUGUCAUGGGAAAAUAGCCAAACUUACGGCCAAGUACCCAGCUGCCACGUUUAAGGCCUUGCGAGACUAUGAUCUUAAAUUUCCGGAGAAGUGGGUUCCCUGUGGAGAUUACUUGGCCGAAAAGGCACAGUCAAAGAAGCUUUUGAGCUAA